AUGGCGCCCGCGAAGAUGUCACUGCAGGCUGAUGAGGAAUUGGGCAAGAAAGAUGACGACCAUCGACUUCCUGAACCGGGGCGCUUUCGAUCCAUUCAAAGCUCAGCCACUCUUCGACCUCGGCGCAUUUUGAUUCUCAUCGUCGUGUGCGUACUCGUGUAUCAGUUCUUCAAGCACAUGCCGACCGAUCUGACCCCGGCCGCCGAGCGAUACAAUCCGACCAUAACGAAACUCAGACCUCCGAAACCUGCAUCGCCUGGAGGGUCAUUCCAGUCUCCGGCAAUUCCCAAAAAUGAUAAACCGAAGCUCUCUAAUAGCAAGAUACUUGAAACCUACGAUAAGGACGAGUUGUAUGGCGACAAGAUCAAGUUCUACAAUCUGGCCCAAUCUCUUCCCAGCCAGAAGUAUCCCAUGGACCAAGCUAGCAACGCCGUACUAUUUGCGGGGUCGAACCUUCGCAGUAUCUCAGAUUUUCUGCCUCUGGCUUGUGAAAUGGCAAGGACAAAACUGAACGGAGUUCAUGUCGUCUUGCUGGGUAGGGAUGAGGUAUCCAUUGAAGGUAUCAAACAAGUGAACGGAAUCAGCGACUCGGAAUGUCCUAUGACAUGGCAUGAUGGUCGGCCAGACUCUGCAGCUCAGUCUACCGACACUCUUAUGGCACGGGCGGUGGUUGGUGGUCUGCAUUUCAUCCAGGAUUUCAUUGCUCCAGAAGUCAUAAUUACCCAGAGACCAAGCUGGGAAGAUUUAUUCUUUUUGAAUGGAUUAGAAGUUCAAAAGGCCGAAAGUGGUACUCCUCAUAUCAUGCUUCCCACUGCUUCCCGGGAUUUGAUGUGGGUCGCAUCUCUUCGAAGCCACGCUCUGCAAGCCUGGAAUGAAAUUCGGGUUGACAUGGUUGUUCAUGCCUCCCAGUCAUCGGGAGCACUCAUUAGGCUCGUCCGCUCAUUAGACGCGGCUGAUUAUCUGGGAACUGUACCUAGACUAACAAUCGAACUCCCACCGCUGGUUGAAUCUCAGCUACUAGAGAGCCUGCAAUCUCUCAAGCUAUCGCAACUCCAAGGACAUGUUACCCUCCGCCGGCGUGUUGAGCCUCACUACAUGGACCCUGCCGGCUCCUCUCUGCGAACCGUGGAAAGCUUUUACCCAUUAAAUCCAAGCACUACGCAUCUCCUCCUUCUGUCUCCCCAGACAGAACUGUCCCCUUCAUUUUAUCAUUACCUGAAAUACAGUGUCUUGCGCUAUAAGCAGCCAGUUCGAGAUCGUUCUGCGUCCUCGAACCUCCUGGGAAUCUCGCUUGAAUUGCCUAGAUCUAAGCCAUCACCCGACAAUGCUCCGUUUACACCGCCACCAGCACCACCCUUUGAUAACGGGAAAUAUCAAAAGAAAGAGCCGAUCCCAUCGCUACUAUGGCAAGCGCCAAACAGCAAUGCAGCCUUGUACUUUGGUGAUAAGUGGGUUGAGUUUCACUCCUUCCUCUCAAGUCGUCUGGACUCGGAAAGCAGGGUCAAUGGGGCCUCAAAGGACAAGUUGGUUUCUCAAAAAUACCCAGCAUUCAUGGAGUAUCUACUGGAGAUGAUGCAAGACAAGGGAUACUACAUGAUCUAUCCUGCAUUUGCAAGUGGUACUACCUCCCCCUUAGCAACGGUACACACUGAGUUAAACCGACUUCCUGAAGAGUUUGCAGAAUCUAUCAAUUCUGUCCAACUUGAAAAAGAAUCGAAGGAAAAGCCAACUGGGAACAACCAAGCCUCAGAAGUGUCUAAAUUUAAUCAAUUGGAAACAUCGUCUGAUGAAAAGCCGGUGAGUCGAGAAGCUAGCAUUACAUCCCUGCUUGAUACCUUCGAACUGGGUCUUGCCGAUAUCGACACGCUGCCUUUCUUAUCAUAUGAUGGAACGGUCUUGGCUGCUGAGGAACAAGCCACUAGAGCAAGAACAGUCUCUGGUCGGUCCUGA